AUGUCGGCUAUCGGAGCGCUGCGCGAGCUUGAGAAGGACAAGAAGGGACCGAAUAACGCCGGCCUGAAGGAGCUGUUCCUGAACCUGCCGUCCCGACUUCGCCAAUCUGGCCCCGUCAAGGGCGGAAUUAACUUCGCUGUGAAGAGCUGGAAGACCUCGGGCCGAUGGCUGUGGGUCCUCUCAACGACGCUGCUGGUGACCCUGGUGCCCCUCAGCAUUGAGAUGCUGCGUGAGGAGCAGACGAACGAGGUGGUGAAGGAGCUGGUGAGCAAGGGAUUCAGCUACAACCAAAUCCAGGGCAUGGGCUACAUGGUGGCGCAGCCGCAGAGCACGUUGUCGACGCCUGCUGAGGGUGCCGCCCAGUAA